GAAAGCCGAGCACUCGUAUCGCACGGCCGUCAAGUGACAGCUGAUACGUUGCCCUCACUUUUCGUUGCAGCAUUUGUAUACAUUCAUCAUAAUAAUCGCGAAUGUGCGUCAACCGCUGUGAAUUUUUAGCAACAUGAAUCGCGGUCUCGCGCUAAAGUUUUUUUCUUUUUCGUCGGUUCUUUUUGCUUGCCAUUCAUCGUUGAUCACACAAAGUACAGUGUUUAGCGAUGACAACAAUGUAACGAUAUCAUUGACGGGUUAUAAUUCAUCAGAAAGCAAUGACCGGGCAUUCACUCAACAAACCACUUUUGCAGCUUCCAGUAACUUAACUAUUGAUAUUAUAAAUAUCCCUCAGACGGUUUCAUUUAUAAUAGCUCAAGUUCACACCUAUCAAUAUAAUGUUACAUUGUCCUAUGAUCAAACGUCAUUUAAUACUUCAAGCAAUAGCGUGUUUGGAACGAAUCUCGGCCUUGUGGUUGUCAUAAACGGAGGAUCCGCAGCUCAAGUAUUUGUGAGCAAUGAUAACAUCGUCGACGUUGACGCAUUACUUGCAGUGGUGGCGUAUCCUGUUACAGCACCAAUGCCAGGGGGCUGCAACAUGGAAUUCGGUCUCGAAAUUGCUCCGUUCCAAAAAUUGGUCGUCAACGAAGCGACAGUAAUCGUUGACGCACAACCGGCUGCUGCACCGAUGACGCAAGAGAUUUCAAACUCCUGCGAACAACAUCCUGUCCAUCAUGAAUCCUAUCGCCUGUAUCUGCCCGAACAAGAUUUUACCACUGAAACAUACUUUUUAGCAAUAAAAAAUAUGUUAACGGUUCAAGAUGUUGUGCGCAAUGCGAAACAGGUUCCAGUGCUAGCAAAUACAUCCCCCAUGAGGCGCAUAUACAGCGCUUACCCUGGUACCGGAGCCUCGUACGUCGUCAUCGCAACGUAUGGAAACUACUCUGCUGCAUACGUGCCAAUUUUUACGUACGCAUGCAGUCCUCUCUUUUGGAAGGACACGUGUCAGGUGUUAACAACCACUCUGUCGAAGUUCCUCUGUGCUGCAACAUUGUUCCUCGGAAUCUUCAUUGCGUUUUUAGGCCACAAAUUCGUUAAGACUGAAAUAUUCCUAUUGGGAUGUCUAUCAGGAUGGAUGAUUAGCUACAUAAUACUUGUCAUAUGUGAAGUUUUUAGUCCAACAGGCAACAUCAACAUAGCUCUGGCUGUUGGAAUCAUUACCGGGAUCGUCUGGCUCAAACUAUGGUUGUCUUAUGGAAUUCCACUGCUCUUAAUCCUCCUCGCCGCGAUAACUGUGGGGUCUUUCUUCGCUUGCAUCGUAUAUUUCAGCGUGCCAGAUGGUCUUGCACUCCUCGAAAACGAUCUCAACUUUUGGCUAAUCUUUUUCUUGGUGAUCCUGACGACGGUGCUCGUUCUCUGCGUUUUAUCAUACAGGGCCAAUAUUAUAUGCUGCGCUGUACUUGGUUCCUAUGCUGUGAUACUACCGAUCGACUAUUACAUUGGCUCGAAUCUCAAAUACAUCGUCAUCAAUGCUAUCAGAAGAGCAACUGUCACUGGAUUCAAUCUGGCCAUUAUACAUCCACCUUUUCAAAUAAAAGAUAUUAUCCUGACAUGUGUUUGGAUAAUCAUCAAGAUAUUUGGCACGAAGGUACAGCUCAGGCAGAAUAAAGGGAGGCCUCCGUUCCCACCGGCUGCCUCAAACUCUACCUCUAGAAGACGACGUCAUACGGAAAGAACGCCGCUGCUAGUUUCCUCUACGGUCCCUAUUUUCAUUUUGGGAAAUGAAAGUGACGAUGUCUUUUAUUCACCUAACCACAGCUGGUUUAAUUCAAUUUUAAAACCGUGCUGGCCUCGUUCGAGGAACGUCUAAAAUAUCCUGAUUCGUUGAAAGUACUUUUUAUGUUGCAAACAUUUCUGAAAUACAGCUGUGGUAACUGUAGUGGCGACGUGUUGUCGAGUUGUCAUUGAUCAGGCGAUCGAUUAAAUAUAAAAAUAAAAUGCUAUUUUUUACCACCUGAUGUUAAACUAUUUGUUCAUAAUUUUAAAAAGAAGCAGUGCCCGUGAUAAUAAUAUCUUUAGGAAGUAUUUGUAUGUUUUGCUAUGUAUCUUAUCGUCAUUUGAUGUAUAUCAUAAUAAACGUCAUUAUUUAAUGGAGUAGAAA